AUGACCCUGCUGGAACUAGCAGAACUGGCAGUAACAGAGAAAGACAAUCCCGCAGAUAACCUCUUGGGCCAUCUAUGGUAUCAACAAGAUGACCUCUGGAGGGCUCAGGACAGGGGUGGUGCAACCAUCCUGGGCCUCCUGGAUCUCUCACCAGCUUUCAAUAGCAUUGACAACGAUAGCCCCGUCCUGAAUCUCUUUCCCAGGACUGAGCAGAACAUGGAUUUCACUUCUCUGGUCCAAGCCUCUAGCGAGGCAGUUCUGCAGAAGUACCUUGGGAAAGGAGAAUACCCUUCAUUUCAGUCUGUUGCAAUGUUUGAAAGCAGCUUUGUCCAGGUCACAAGAAGAGGCAGACAUGUCUUCAUCCACAAUCACUGCAAUGAAGCCAUAAUAGGUAUUGCAUCCACCAACAGCAAGCUGCCAUUGCCCAAUCUGAUGUUUAUUGCUCGUCCUGUUGCUGAACAGGUCUCCUCCCCAGGCUCAGAAACAGAGGAACUGAGACUCACCAGACUCCUCCCUUUGAAGUUUGUGCGGAUCUCCAUCUACAACCCCAAGAAGCAGCUCAUCAAAAUCCAGUUGAUCAAUGGGCGCUCUUAUUACCUACAGUUUCAGGCAUCUACUGAGGAGGAGGAGGCUCUGUUUGAACGCUGGUUAUCACUCGUCUACCUUCUCCAUCAUCCUCCAUCUUGCUACCUGAGCCCUCAGCCCACCUCCUGCACAGUAAUUGACAACUUAAGCAUUCAGGUCAUCCCAAGCGAGGAGGAAAUUGUAAGAACAAAUAUGGACUUACGUAAUUUGCCACCCUAG